AUGUCUGAGAAGCAAGAAUCCCCACUACACACCGUCGGUUUCGACGCCAGAUUCCCAAACCAAAACCAAACCAUGCACUGCUGGCAAUCGUACGUGGACUACUACAAGUGCAUCAAUGCCAAGGGUGAAGACUUCGCCCCAUGCAAAGUUUUCUUCAGAACCUUCUCUUCUCUGUGUCCUUUGGACUGGGUUGAGAGAUGGGACGAGCAAAGGGAAAAGGGCACUUUCCCCGGUGACAUCAAGCCAUAA